UAUACUGUACGUCUGAAUGAGGUUGCCGGAGCGUUUGGAUCCUCAAAGGCGAUACGUCAUUGCGAGCCUCAGCGAUUGGCUGGAUUCAGCUCCUUUUCCUCCACAAUUUGUGCAACCACGAACGGUCUUCGCCUCCGGAGCAGAGACAUCCCUACAGUAGAGGCAGGUGGACUCGUUUCCCCCCCCAAGAGAAAUGAAUGCAAUAUAGCGCGCGCAUUCGCAGGGGUGGACAUUUCUUUUCGCUCUCAUCUCGUCAAUUCUUCCCUGUAAUACAGACACACAGCCCGAACCGGACUAAAUGAGUGCCCGGACCUUGGAGAGACUGGCGCUUUCCAUUCCCCACUGUGCCUUAAACGGAACCGCUCGGACCAACAAUGGCACCUGCUUUGACCGGGUGGAUCAGUUGUUCCAGGCGUUCUCAUCCACCGUCGUGCUUUUCGUGCUCAUCGCGAUGAUCAUUGGGAUAAUAGCCGUGUCCAUCACGACCUUCCACUUUCACAAAAGCAAGAUGAAAAAGCGCAAGAUACAGAAAGCCCAGGAGGAAUACGAGCGCGACAGCCGCAGUCCCAAAGCGGGCAAAGGCAAGCCGGUGGUCCGGCAGUGCAUCAUGGUGAGACCCCCCACGGCAGUGCGGAAAACUGACCCAAACACGGAGGAUCCUGGCGUGACAGAGGACAUGGGACACUCGGGACAGGCGAAGGAUGAGAACUUGUUGGAAUCGGUCGCUGUGUCUUGAUAACGCAGUGCCAGCUUCGGGAGGACACUGUAAAUAUCCUAUGUAUUCAUAUGAUAUACCCACGGAAUAUAUCGAUUCUUUGUAUAAGCAUUCCAGUUGAUAAGUUUUCAUCAUAUAAAUCCCGGAGGAGAGAAAUCCAUGAACAGUCUCAAUGGAGAAAAGACUAUGCGGAUUGUGGAAUUUCCUAUCAUAUAAUUUGGAGCCAGUCCU